GCCGUAAUCAUGGAUGAUGAUCUACCAAAAGAAUUUGAUCUAAUAGUCAUUGGAACAGGUUUUCCUGAGUCGUGUGUGGCUGCCGCUGCCAGCCGGGUGGGAAAAACUGUACUCCACAUCGAUCCAAAUGAGUAUUAUGGAGGUUCGUGGGCCUCUUUCAAUUUAGAUGCAUUCAAUGCCUUGCUGGAAGAGAGCAAAGCCGCCGAUAACAAAGAGAUUAGAAAUGGCAAAUUUGAAUGGCAUAUCCCCUUGGAGGGAGGCGAGCCAAGCACCGAGGAAGCGGCUAAUCCUGAGGAGGGUGAAAAUGCCGUCAGGAAAGAACAAUGGACUGCCGAAAAAGUUUUGAAACUUUCAAGAAAAUUCAAUUUAGAUUUAUGCCCCAAGAUUUUGUUUUCCUCCGGGGAUUUAGUGCAAUUGCUGAUUUCUUCUAAUAUCUGUCGAUAUGCUGAGUUCCGAGCUAUAGAUCGAAUUUUUACCCAAUUCGAGGGAAAACUGUUGACGGUGCCCUGUUCCCGUAGUGAUGUUUUCAAUACCAAGGAUUUGAGUAUUGUUGAGAAAAGACUGCUGAUGAAAUUUCUUACCAUAUGUUUGACAUAUGGUGAAGACAAGUGUGAGGAGGACAUGUCGGAGUUCAAGGGCAAGACAUUUAUUGAGUAUUUGCGGGAACAAAAAGUCACUGAGAAGAUAUACAAGUGUGUAAUGCAAGCCAUCGCUAUGACCAGUGAGGACACCACUUUCGAGGAGGGUAUGGAACGCACUAAGAAAUUCCUGAAGAGUUUGGGUCGUUAUGGAAAUACACCCUUCAUAUUCCCCAUGUAUGGUUGUGGUGAAAUACCACAGUGUUUCUGUCGGCUGUGUGCCGUCUUUGGUGGAAUUUAUUGUCUGAAGAGGCAGAUAAGUGCGGUGAAUGUGGAUGAGGGUGCCGAAAGGGUUAGCAUUGAGGUAGAUGGUCAACAUCAAGUCCAGGCUAAACAUAUUGUGUGUUCUUCGAGUAACUUGCCGGCAACGAUGCGCGGUGAAAAGCCCAAGAAUGUUUUGUCUAGAGGUAUAUUUAUUGCCUCUACUCCUUUGGGCAAUUUUGAACUGAGCUCGUGUGGUGGUGGUGUUAGUUUAUUGCGUUUAAUUUCUCCCGAUGGCAAACGAGAGGCAAUACUGGUGCAAUUGUCUCAUUAUUCCGGAACAACUCCAAAGGAAUUGUUUACAUUCCAUUUAACUACAACGGCAUUAAGCGAUAAUCCCCAGGCUGAUUUGGAAGUUUUUACUCAACAAAUAUUUACAAAUACCCCCGAAUCACCCAACAUUUUAUACUCCUCCUAUUUCACCAUUAGCGGCUUUGAAUUGAAAUCCAGUGGCAAUGCCUUAAUUCAGGCAACUGCUCCACCCUUCUAUGAAUUAGACUAUGAUAAAUCUAUACAGGAUGCACGUAAUAUAUUCGGUAAGCUUUAUGCCGACCAGGAGUUCCUACCACGUGCACCUGAUCCAGAAGAAAUUGUCAUCGAUGGUGAAGACCCCAAGGCAUUGAGUGAACAGCAGCUACCCGAUGAUUUAAAGGCCCAAUUGCGAGAAAUUGAAAAAUUUGCCGAGCAAAUGGACAUUGCCGAAAUGAAUGAAGAAAAUAAAACCGAAGAAGCUAUGGAAUCGUAAAUUGACCUCUG